AACUGGAAUAUCACGAAACACAAGGCCAAAUGGAAAAUCAAAAUCUGGAGAAAUGGUAUCGCGAUCAUCGCAGGGUUAGUUUGGGCAUUGGAGAAAACAUUAACAUCUCUUCUGCGUCUUUCUCUCCCUUGACCCUCAAAUCCCAAAUUAUUCACUCUUACCCUUUUUUCUCCAAACCCUAACUUUCCUUUUCCAACCCAAUCCUCUCGUUCAAACUUCCCCAUUCGCAUGUGCAAUCCGCACACUUUCUCGGAUCUUCCAUAAAUUUUCGGGUAUUAUUCACCCUUUUCUGCUGCCAAUAGCUUCAAUCAAUGGCCAAGGGCACCGAUUCCGACGAGUUCGUGUUGCUUUCUAGGGUCCGGACUGGUCUCAAGAGGGAGUUCGCGUUCGCAAUGAAGGCCCAAUCUGAGAUCUGCGGCGCUUCUCUGGGCCGAACGCGGGCCAGCAAGAACCGGCCUGACCCUCCUGUUCAGACGGCAUCUGCCCGGAAACGGUCCAGGAAGACCGUCGAGCCGAAAACGUCGGAGGACGUCUUGAGCGAGGAAGAGGCUAAGAGCGACGUGGUGGAUCUUCAGAGCGAUGAUGAGCCGAAGAAUAAUCAUGCGGGAGAGUCAGAGUCUCCGGCAAUGUUGGUUUGUGAAGAGGAAACGAAGAGUGAUGUGGCCAUGGAAAAUAUUAUGGGCGAAGAGGAGCCGAAGGUGUUGGAAACUGUUAUCUGCGAAGAGGAGCCUAAGGUGUUGGAAACUGUUAUCUGCGAAGAGGAGCCUAAGGUGUUGGAAACUGUUAUCUGCGAAGAGGAGCCGAAGGUGUUGGAAACUGUUAUCAGCGAGGAGGAACCGAAGGCGUUAGAAAUUGUCGUGGGCGAAGAGGAACCGAAGGUGUUGGAUAGUGGUGUCAAUGAGGAUGAGCCUGUUGUGGCUGAGACGUUGAAGGAAGAGGUUGUGGAUGAGACGGCACAACCUCUUGGCGAAAUUAAUGAGGAAUCGGAGAAGGGUGUUUCGGGAGAUAAGGUUCCUGGUGGGGAAACCCUUGUUUUGGAGAAUGAUGAUGAUAAGGGGAAGAAGUAUACGAAGAGAACGAAAAAGUGGAUGGAGAGGCUUCCGACUGUGAGAAGGUUUACGCGGUCGGCAUUGAAGGAAAAACCCGAGGAAGCAAAUGACGAGAAAAAUGUUGGUGCGGUUGGAGUUGAUGAUGUUAUUAAGAGGGAAUCAGAAACUGAGGCUUCGGUGUUAAUGACCACUCCUAUUUCGGGAAGAUUUUCGAAUUCUAGGUUGAGGAAAUUUCCUUCCAAGUUGAAGGAUCUUCUGGCUACGGGCAUUCUUGACGGAUUGACAGUGAGGUACAUGAAAGGAUCAAAGGCUCGAAAGAAUGGAGAAACAGCGCUUCAAGGAAUGAUUCGAAACUCUGGGAUUCUGUGCUUUUGUGAGAGUUGCAUGGGGAUUGAGGUGGUCACGCCCACUGUGUUUGAGCUGCAUGCUGGCAGUGCAAAUAAACGUCCCCCGGAGUAUAUUUACAUGGAUUGUGGGAAUGGUGGAAAUAACCUCCGUGAUGUCAUGAAUGCCUGCUGCGAUUUGCCAUUGGAGUCAGUGGAGGAAGCCGUCCAAAAACUACUUGGUGGCUUCACUAUGAACAAAUCUUCGAUCUGUUUACACUGCCGAGGAGCAUGCAAGGGUGUGUCAAAGCUCGUAUGCGAUUGUUGCUUAGCAAGUCCCCCUCAAAUAGCCACAGCAUGUAGCAAAAAGAUUUCAUCACCGGUUCAACCAAGAUCACCAGAGCAAGUAAUGGUUCAAAAAUCAUUAGACAAUGAGAUGCAGCCAAAUUCAUUAGACAAUGGCGUGCAGCCAGACUCGCUAAAUAAUUGCUUGGCGCCAAACUCAUUAACCAAUGAGAUGAAGCCAAAUUUGUUACAUAGUGGGAUGAAGCUUAAUUCAUCAAACAGUGUGAUGAAGCCAAAUUCAUUAAAGAAUGGGAUGAAGCACAGUGCAUCUCGUGGUAAGAGUCAGGGAAGACUAACUAGGAAGGAUCUGCGCUUGCAUAAGUUGGUAUUUGAAGCAGAUGUUUUGCCUGAUGGAACUGAAGUAGCCUACUAUGCUCAUGGAGAGAAACUGUUGGUUGGUUACAAAAAGGGAUAUGCGAUAUUUUGUACCUGCUGCAACAGUGAGGUCAGUGCUUCUCAGUUUGAAGCUCAUGCUGGUUGGGCAUCUCGACGAAAGCCUUACCUGCACAUUUACACAUCUAAUGGAAUCUCACUCCAUGAGUUGUCCAUCUCUUUAUCAAAAGACCGGAGAUUUUCCAACAAUGAUAAUGAUGAUCUCUGCAUCAUAUGUGAAGAUGGAGGGGAUCUUUUGUGUUGUGAUGGAUGCCCUAGAGCUUUUCACAUAGACUGUGUCCCUUUGCCAUGCAUUCCCAGUGGUACUUGGUAUUGUAAGUAUUGCCAGAAUGUUUUUCAGAAAGAUAGGCAGGGGCAACAUAAUGUGAAUGCUCUGGCAGCUGGAAGGAUUGAAGGUACUGAUAUUUUGGAACAGAUGAACCCAAGAUGUAUUCGUGUUGUCAGAACUGUAGAAGUUGACCAUGGUGGAUGUGCCUUGUGCAGUCGUCACAAUUUCAGUAAAAGCUUUGGUCCUCGGACAGUAAUUAUUUGUGAUCAGUGUGAGAAAGAAUAUCAUGUUGGAUGCUUGAAGGAUCAUAAUAUGCAGAACCUUGAGGAAUUGCCUGAGGGGAAUUGGUUUUGUGGCACAUCUUGCAAUCAAAUUCAUUCUGCUCUGGCGGAUUUGGCAGCUUGUGGGGAAAAGAGUUUCCCAGAUUCCCUUCUAAGUUUGAUUAAAAAGAAGCAUGAAGAGAAAAGUGUAGACAUUCAAGGUGACCUUGAUGUUAAAUGGAGGGUUAUAAAUUGGAAGCUUGAUGAUUCUGUCGAGAAUAGGAAAAGGCUUUCAAAGGCUGUUGCUAUCUUCCAUGAAAGGUUUGAUCCUAUAGUUGAUUCAACAUCGGGCCGAGAUUUCAUUCCGACAAUGUUGUUUGGAAGGAACAUUCGGGGUCAAGACUUUAGUGGGAUGUACUGUGCAGUGCUUACUGUCAAUGGAGAUAUUGUGUGCGCUGGAGUAUUUCGUGUCUUUGGGUCAGAAAUUGCUGAGCUUCCAUUGGUGGCAACAACUUCUGAUCAACAAGGACAGGGUUAUUUUCAGUGUCUAUUUUCUUGUAUCGAGACAUUACUUGGUUCUUUGAAUGUGAAAAACCUUGUCCUACCAGCUGCCGAUGAAGCUGAAUCGAUAUGGACCGGUAAAUUUGGGUUUACAAAGCUAGCUCAAGAUGAGAUAAACAAGUAUAAGAAAUUUUAUCGCAUGAUGAUAUUUCAAGGGACGUCGGUGUUACAUAAGCCUGUUCCUGCGCUCUGAAUUUUGUGUAAAGUUUUUGGUGGAACAAUAUGCUGUAGACUUUUUUCUUGGUUGCUUUGCUGGCUGCAGAUCAAACGAUUAGUAUGUACAGGGAUCUGCCUUUUUUGGUGUACAGAAAUACUGACAACCACCUCUAGCUGUUAUAAUUUGUUUUCGUAGCAAAGGAAUGAAAGGAGGUUAGAGUUGAAAAUAGAGGAAGCUAGGUCAAGGGAUUUUGUGAAACUAGCCAAAAUUUUGGUUUAUGUUAUAAAAUUCAUUUAUUACUGGCCACACUGGUUUUAACCUCCUUUUUUUUUUAAUUAGUCAAGUUAUUUUGCUUUCUGCCAUGUAUCUUUCAGUCGGAGAUGUAUUUCCCGGUAUCAUUAAUGUAAAAUCCCUCAGUUGGUU